UGAGCGGCUCUCCCCCUUCCAGCCUAAAACCCUAGUUCGUAAAACCCCACCUACUCCUCUAAAAUAGCGAAAGAAAGCAAGGAAGAGAGGCGGGAGGAAAGAAAGAAGAAGGAUGGGGAGCGAUAGCGAGACGGAGAGCAGAUCGAUAAAGGAGAGAAGGAAUUUAAUAUCGCUUGCCCCCAUCGCCAAACCCCUCGCCGGGAAGAAGCUCCGGAAGCGGACCCUCAAGCUUGUCCGAAGAGCUUCCGAGUCGAAAUGCCUAAAAAGAGGAGUUAAGGAAGUGGUAAAGAGUAUUCGUCGCGGCGAAAAAGGGUUGUGUAUAAUUGCAGGAAACAUUUCUCCAAUUGAUGUAAUCACGCAUGUCCCUAUAUUAUGUGAGGAAGCUGAUAUUCCAUACCUCUAUGUCCCUUCAAAGGAGGAUCUUGCCACUGCUGGGGCAACCAAGAGGCCUACCUGCUGUGUCUUAAUACUAACCAAACCAACCAAAGGAGAGUUGGAGCAGGAGGUGAAGGAAAAAUUGCAGGCAGAUUACAACCAAGUGGUGUCAGAUGUUGCUGAGCUGACGUCCUCCCUUAUCUGAAAGAGCCGAGUGAAACAAGAUCCAACUUCACAUGAUGUGUUUGACCAUUCUGCUGCUGCUAUUGGCUUCAUCUUCCCUGACAUGUCAAUUUCAGACACUGAGUAAACUGUAUUACGUUCCUUCUGUCUGGGGACCUCAAGCAGGUAGUCUAUUUUGUUACUAUCAUCCACUGUACUGUGAGAUAAGCUAGUGGGAUGCUGGGGUUUUUUACUCGGUUUGGUUACUACGACUUGGCUGGCUAUUGGACAAUAUAUGACACGGUGAGUUUAUAUGAAGCCAUUGCAACCGAUGAAAUUGUAGUUGUCUUGUCAUUGUCAUCUUGCAGUUUUGCAUGUGAUUUUUGUGUUGACAUGCUGGUGAGUGGCGUUUUCUUACAUGAACUAAAAUUUGUCUGAAAUAUCAGCAAUCUUUGGAAGAA